GAGGACACCUCUGCAUCUGGCCCCAAGGAGUGGGGAGCAGAGCAACUCCUGCCUGAACGGGACUGAGGGCAGGAGGGCCACGAGGCCGCCGAGCAGCAAAGAAGGGUGCCACUGCAGAUGCACUCCAGGGAAGUAAUGAAGGCCAACGUGCACCAAAGUCCAGUGUGAGAGAGAAAAUCAUCAGUUCACUCACAGCCAUGAGCCAGCCGACCCUUGCCGCCACAGAGCUGCCUGCACUGCCAGGGGACACGACGGUGGCCUUUGGGGUGGCAGACAUCAUUGUUGUGGUUUUUUACUUCGCCUUUGUCCUCGUCGUCGGGAUAUGGUCAUCGAUACGAGCAAGCCGCGGGACAAUUGGAGGCUAUUUCCUAGCUGGUCGAUCCAUGACUUGGUGGCCUAUUGGAGCAUCUCUGAUGUCAAGCAACGUGGGCAGUGGUUUAUUCAUCGGCCUGGCAGGCACUGGAGCAGCUGGGGGCCUUGCUGUUGGGGGCUUUGAGUGGAAUGCUACAUGGGCACUUCUGGCUCUCGGAUGGAUAUUUGUGCCUGUUUACAUCGCAGCAGGAGUGGUCACUAUGCCUGAAUACCUGCAGAAGAGAUUUGGAGGGCAGAGGAUACAAAUCUACAUGUCCGUACUGUCCCUCAUUCUCUAUAUAUUCACCAAGAUAUCCACAGACAUUUUUUCCGGAGCAUUGUUCAUCCAAAUCUCGCUGGGCUGGAACCUCUACUUGUCUACUGUGGUCUUACUAGCAGUGACUGCUGUCUACACCAUAGCUGGUGGUUUAACGGCUGUGAUCUACACAGAUGCACUGCAGACCCUGAUCAUGGUGCUGGGCGCUUUGGUCCUCAUGUUCAUAGGAUUUGAAAAAGUUGGCUGGUAUGAAGGACUUCAGGAGAAGUACAGCACAGCAAUACCGAAGGUCAUAGUCCCAAACACGACCUGUCACCUCCCACGUGUGGAUGCCUUUCAUUUGUUCAGGGAUCCAGUCACAGGAGACAUUCCUUGGCCUGGCCUUAUAUUUGGCCUCUCUGUGCUGGCUCUUUGGUGCUGGUGCACUGACCAGGUGAUAGUCCAGAGGUCUCUCUCUGCCAAGAACCUCUCCCAUGCCAAAGGUGGAUCUGUGCUGGGAGGAUAUCUGAAAAUCUUCCCUAUGUUUUUCAUUGUCAUGCCAGGAAUGAUCAGCAGAGCUCUUUACCCAGAUGAAGUGGGCUGCGUGGACCCGGACAUCUGUAAAAGGGUCUGUGGGGCUGCGGUGGGUUGUUCCAACAUUGCCUACCCCAAACUCGUGAUAGAACUCAUGCCUGAUGGGCUCCGGGGUUUGAUGAUUGCCGUGAUGAUGGCAGCCUUGAUGAGUUCCCUCACCUCCAUUUUCAACAGCAGCAGCACUCUCUUCGUUAUAGAUAUCUGGCAGCGGAUACGUAGAAAGGCUUCAGAGCAGGAGCUGAUGAUUGUGGGCAGAGUUUUUAUCCUCAUCCUUGUAGUCAUCAGUAUUCUCUGGAUCCCGAUCAUUCAAUCAGCCAACAGCGGCAAGCUCUUUGACUACAUUCAGUCCAUAACCAGCUAUCUAGCCCCACCGAUCACAGCUCUCUUCAUCUUGGCAAUCUUCUGCAAGAGGAUUAAUGAGCCUGGUGCUUUCUGGGGCCUCAUGGUUGGUCUAGCUGUUGGUCUCAUUCGGAUGAUCAUGGAGUUUAUUUAUAGCACACCGUCUUGUGGUGAGGAGGACAGAAGACCAGCUGUGCUAAAGGACUUGCACUACCUCUACUUUGCCCUCAUCCUCUGUGUCCUCACUGCGAUUGUGGUUGUCCUCAUUAGUCUCUGCACCCCACCGAUCCCUGAAGAAAAGCUUGCUUGCCUGACGUGGUGGACAAGACACAGAAAAGCACCUGCCAUUGAACUGUCAAGUAACAAGAGUGAAGCAACACAGAUCAAUCCAGCCAACGGAGCGAGUGCCUUGGUUGAAAGUGCAGAUUCGGGUGAUAAGGAGGAGGCAGCAGCCAAGCCUCCCUGCUGGAAAAUGCUGUACUUGUGGUUCUGCGGCCUGUCCACUGGCCCCACACCCACCCUGUCCCAGGAGGAGAGAGCUGCCCUGGAGCAGAGGCUCACCAGCAUUGAGGAAAAGCCCCUGUGGAAGACUGUUUGUAAUGUUAAUGCUGUUCUCCUGCUGACCAUUAAUGUCUUUCUGUGGGCAUAUUUCGGCUGAGGUGGGGUCAGGCAGCACGUGGCUUUGGUUUCUCGAGGGGGUCCUCAUCUUCAUGUCUAAGCCAGAGGAGUUGGGUGACAGAGGCUGUGGUGAUGGUCCCCCCAGGGGACCACAGGCACUGGCACACCUUGCCACAGCCCUUCCCUCGGCGGCCCUGCUUGCUGGAAAUGACUGUGGGGCUCGGUUUCUCCAUAAGAUAAGGUGUGACCAAGACUCAAAACUGGUCACAUCCAGGAUGCAGGGAUUGUAUGGGACAGCAUGUGGGUGAAAUCAGGAGAGCUGGGGUCUAUUUUAAGGGUGCAGAGCCAAGCCCAGCACAGAGCAAAGGCUUUGGAAAAUCUGUUUGUGGCAUGGCUGAGGCCUCGCUCCCCCCACGCACCAGCUCAGUGCUAACUUUGUACCACUGCUCUUAGUGGAAGGACUUCUGGGUUUCACUCAUGUGGGAAAGGAGACUUAAGCACUAACUGCAGUUUUUUCCAAUUUUUCUAUAUGGCCAAAAUUCAGAUGGGUUUAGUGUGGGACCACUGGAUUUGCUCAGCAGCAACAACCUUUUUGGCUCCCACAGCCACCCCAGACCUGUGCUGGACCACCCCCAGUUGGCAUGGGCGGUGGGGACAGGGCCUUCCCCACCCUGCCGUGUGACAGUGGGUCUUACAACAGCCUGACCUUGUUUACUCAUCGGGCCAAUCCUGCCCCUUAACAGCAUUGCCAGCAAUAAAGGUGCCUUAGUAACA